UUUGAGUGCGCGUGUGUGUGUGUGCCUGUGGAGGACUUGCUUGCAGGGGGACUGGAGAGGAACGAUUCCAACUCAGUUUCAAAGAACGGAAGCUAUCAUUGAAAAAGAGCUUCAGUGUGGUGCUUUAUCUCCGGAUUUUGUAGCGGGAUUAUAAAGGGAUUUCUGUCGAUUUGGGAUUUACGUCGGAGUGUAAAUUUUCUUUUAUGUGGAUGCCACAAUUUCCAAAGGAGGAGGCAAACUCCUGGCAGGCUCUUGGAUGUAAUCCUGCACAUGUUACUUUUUAGAUGCUGUUGUGGUGCCGAAGAAAAGGAAACGCUGGAGGUGUGACACGAACCCCACACUGUCAGAUGAUAGUGAUAGUGCUCUUGGAACUAUGGUUCGAGGACUGUGCGUGGGAUGUGGAGUUGAAUGAGUUGAGGUUCCAUAGAGUUUCGACGCAAGAUCUUCAACGUGUGCGGUGUGCGUGCUUCACGUGGAGCUGUGAUGUCGAAGUGAACGCUUUCUCUCCCAAAUGUUGCGUGUGAGCCCGGGGACGGCCACCCCUGGCUGCGCAUGUUGGGCGCACUGUGCACCAUCCGCACGUCCCGGGCGCCUAGUCUAAAUAAACCCAUGUGGGACCCUCCGAGAGCCGGACGAGACCGACGCGACGCAUCCGGGACGGUCUAGGUUGUCGUAUGUUCAGGUCGAGACGCUCCGGGCUUGUACGGCGACUGUGGAGAAGCCGUGCGCUCACCCAGAGCGAUGGAAGCGGCCGAGCUGAAGGAGGAUGUCCAUGUGGCUCCGGGCUGCCCAGAAAAGAACAGGGGCCGGUGACACGCGCCGGGGAGGACCCCGCGGGCGAAGCCGGGGACAGGGAGGAAGGGGAGCAGGCUGACGACGAUCCGGGACGCACAAGCUCUCGCAGUGAACAGGAGGCGGACGCGACGGUGACGUGUUGUUUGUUUGGGGAGUGGGAUCGCAGACCUCUGGGCCCCCACUCAGGCCCCCCUAAAGACAACAGGGCCCCCUGCGAGUGUGACAUCGUGAAUAUUGCCUACGCUUUUCUCAAAAGACUCCCGGAGCAAAGUCUGGACCUGUUACUGAAGGCUGUGGAGUCCAAAGGAGCGAUGCCAAGUGAGUGCGUCAUGGUCCCCAGCACAGAGUUUCGGUUAGGGGCUCAUCACGUCUCGCCUCAGUACCUCCUGGGUCGGAUGUACCGAUGGAGCGACCUGGCGCUCUCGUCCCCGCUCAAAGUUCUGCACCACUGCCAAAGUUUCGAAGGGGGGGACGGUGGAAAGGUGUGCUGCAAUCCUUACCACUACAGUCGAUUAUGUGGGCCAGAGUCACCUCCUCCUCCAUACUCGGUGUCCCAUUCGGAUGAACACAAGCCACUGGACUCUGUAUUGUCUUACACUGAAACUCCGCCCUCUCCCAUCAGACCGACCGACUAUACAGUAACCGGUAGCUCCCUGGGCUCGUCAACCACCAGCGGACAUCGUUCUCACUGGUGCAGCGUUGCCUACUGGGAACAGCGCACGCGUGUGGGCCGCCUUUACCCAGCUUACGAAGCCUCGCUCAGCAUCUUCUAUGACCUACCUCAGGGCACGGGCCUCUGCCUCAGCCAACUCCACACCAACCACAGUCGUCACGACAACCGAGGCACAUCUGGACUUCCGGCGUACCCCGCCCACGGAGGGAACAGCAGCAGCGUCCAACAGAUCCGCAGUAAAAUCGGCCAUGGCAUCGUGCUGAGCCGUGAGCCGGAUGGCGUGUGGGUGUACAACCGCAGCCAGCACCCAGUGUUCGUCCACUCGCCCACUCUGGACCUUAGCGUUGGAGGAUUGAGCGUGAAGAGGCUGAUGCCGGGCUUCUCCCUCAAGAUGUUUGACUAUGAGAGCUCCAACUGGAUGGCCGAGCAUGGCGUGAAGCCUGAAAGCCAGGAGGGGCCCUGGGACCCCCACAGUGUUCGUAUUAGUUUUGCUAAAGGAUGGGGCCCCUGCUACUCCAGACAGUUCAUCACUUCCUGUCCGUGCUGGCUCGAGGUGUUACUUAACACUCACAGAUAGCACCCAGCCUGGAUCACAGUUGUAAUCCACCAAGAUUUAAUAUAAAGCUUAUUAUAUAUUGUAUAAAAUCUAUUAUCAUGUAAAUACUUCAUUUUGUCAUUUUACAAUGCAACUAUUUAUGUAUAGUGUCACGUGUGUAUGGACAAAACAAAAAGGAACAAGAUUAUGCACUUUUCAGUCUUCAUAUAUGCAUUACAGAGUUUCUCAGUGUCAUUUUGCAAAUAUAAAGAUACUCAGUUUAUGUUGUCAUGAUUUCACUAUUUCAAAGUACGCCUUACACAUGUCAAUAAAACAUUUGUAUUAAAUUAAAUA